AUGGCUCCGACAAGCAGCAACGCGCCUUCGCUGCUCCUACUACCAGCCCCUCCUCACCCGCUACACCCUCAUUCUCUGGCCGCCGCCUACUGGGCGCCUGUAACGGUGGCUCUGAAGCGCAUCACUACUGGCAUCAACGGCAAUAGUAGCACCAACAACUCCAAUACCAACUCCAGCACUGGCACAAAUCAUGUUCUCGUCAUCGCCGUCGCCUGCCCUAUUCUUACCGGGCCCUCACCAAGGCGCAAGUCCAUACACUGGAAGGCUGCGCAGUCUCUUCUUGCCCGCAUUUACACUCUCAUCGCGGCCAUUUGCGAUGAGCAAAACAUUGACACAUCAGGGGAGCCGGGCAGUGGCAGCGUCGAUCCACGCGUUGUAUUAGUCGAUCAUGAGCGAAACAGGACGUAUCAGCGCAACUUUGAUGGAGAAUAUGAAGCAAAUUGCACGCCCGUGUUGGAUCUGGCCGCCUUUGCCUCGACGGUGCAUCCUUGGAGGACGGUGUUCCAUCCCAGUUCCGAGGCAGGCUAUGAACUCCUCAAAGCUUUCUUGGAGUACUCACAGGGGAAACAAACUCUACUGCAAAGCCAAAUAGUUGCUGUUGAAGGCGGCCUCGGCAUGUCCACCGGCGAAGUCCCGCCUGUUGCUCCGGAGGAUCUCACCAAUGGCUACGAUACUGUUUGUCUGGGUGGCACGUUUGACCAUCUUCAUGCGGGACACAAGCUGCUUCUUCACGCCACUGCUUUACUUAUGGGUAUCCCCGAGAAACAUACCGGGAAGCACUCCGUUCUCAUCGUCGGGAUUUCAGGAGAUGAGCUGCUGAAGAAUAAAAAGUACGCCGAAGUGUUACAGCCUUGGGAUGUGCGCGCAAACAAUGUUCUGCAGUUUCUCUCUACCAUAUUCAACUCGGCUUCUUCGUCCAACACAAACACCUUGCCGCCUACAACUACACCCGCACCGGAUGAGCUUCAUGCUACUUUCCGUGACGGCACAGUGCUGGUUCGGUGUGUGAACAUCCACGACCCCUUUGGCCCAACCAUUUCGGAGGAAAUCAUGGAUGUUAUUGUGGUUUCAGGAGAGACAAGGAGCGGCGGACAGGCUAUCAAUGAUAAAAGAACCGAAAAAGGGUGGAAGCCGCUCGAGGUGUUUGAGAUUGACGUGCUCGAUCCAAGCGAUAUCUUGAAGGAAGACAGCGCAACGCAGACCAAUGGAUUUGCAACAAAGAUUAGCAGCACGGCAAUUCGACAGCGAAUAGCCCAGGCCAAAGAGGAAUCACAGUAG